GAACAAAUAAUCUCAUAUGAGGGAGGGUACAAAAAUAUUUGUUGUAAAACAGAUGCUGUUCAGAGAGCUGCAGCUGUCCAAGGAUGGAGAACCAAUACAGAGCUGAGCUCUGUUUCCCACAUCUCCUCAAUGGCUCCUGCAGAAAGCCCAUACUUCACUGGCAGCUCCACACACCUACUAACAUCCUCCUCCUCUCUCUGGCUGUGUCAGACUUUCUUGUUGGUCUCCUGCUGAUGCCUUUAGAGAUCUACCGAAAGACAGCUUGUUGGUUUUUUGGAGAUAUCAUAUGUGUUUUGUAUUUUUAUUUGACUGGUCACAUAUUAUAUGCUUCGAUUGGGAACAUUGUUCUCAUUUCAGUUGAUCGCUAUAUUGCCAUUUGUGACCCUCUGCAUUACCCCACCAGAAUUUCUACAGCAAAAACAAAAUGUUGUGUGUGUCUAUGUUGGCUGUGGUACGCUUUCUAUAGCAUAUUCUAUGUGAAGGAUGAGUUGAUACAACCAGGAAGAGUGAGUUCCUGUGCUGGUGAAUGCUCACUUAUCAUUCAAUAUGUAGUUGGAACUAUUGAUAUAAUUUUUAACUUUAUAUUCCCAGUUAUCAUUAUCAUAGUCCUCUAUAUGAGAGUGUUUGUGGUGGCUCUGUCUCAGGCUCGUGCAAUGCGCUCUCACAUUACAUCUGUCACACUCCAACGUUCAUUGAAUGUCAUAACAAAAUCGGAUUUGAAAGCAGCCAGGACUCUUGGUAUUCUCGUUGUUGUAUAUCUUGUAUGUUUCUGCCCAUACUAUUGCUACUCUCUCAUUGGGGUUAAUCUUACCAGUACAUAUGGCAGUUUUGUUGUCUUUUUGUUUUAUUUUAAUUCUUGUCUUAAUCCAUUAAUCUAUGCAUUGUUUUACCCCUGGUUCCGUAAAGCUAUCAGACAUAUUGUUACUCUACAGAUACUACAGCCUGGCUCUUGUGAGGUAACACUGUAGUGUAGUCUGAGAUUUCUUCAGUCCAAAAAGAUUGGAAAGACACUUGCUUUUUAUUGUAGUAAAUACAUAUUUGUUUAAGAUUUUUAUUUUGGGAUAAGCUUCAUCAAAGUAAUACAGAUUUAUUUUAGGAAUGUACUUUAGUUUCUGUAUUAAAUAUUUUUCUCCUGAUUUAGUAUGUCAGUACAUUUUGAACAUCCUUGUUGUAAAUAUGGGAUAACUUAUUUAGCACAGAAUAAUUUUCUUAAUCUAAAAAAAACAUACUGGUGAAAACAAAACAUUCUUAAAAAGGUAACCUUUUAUAUUUUAUAUCAGCAUUAUGAUCCAGUUUCCCAAUGUUUGUGUGAUGAAAGCACUAUUACAACUGUAGACUGAUGAUUUGCAAUUAUAUUGCUGAAGAAAUGUAAAGCAACACCAUGUAAGUUUUGGCUAGGUAUUUGGUUAAUUUGAAAUAUAUUAAAUUAUUUUUCUGGUUUAUACACAGUGCUUGCAUGCAUCGAUGCUCCGUGCGGGCUGCCCUGAACAACUUGCCAAUGUAACUCAAGAGGGUCUGAUCCAUCGCUAAAUGGGUCACAUGACCUAGAGCAUCGCUUUAAGAUAGGGUAUACUCGACACAUUGAACAGGGCGCGAGGGAGCGCUUGCCAAAAGGGACCCGAUUCUGCUGUUCCCACCCCAUGUGCUGUCACUGCACGAGAUUGUGCACCCUUCAAGUUUUUGUAAUUUGGUGCGGACCACACACACAAGUUUCAAUCAAAAUGGGACAAUUCAAUGGAGCUCUCGCUGAACAAGGUUUAAGGCUUGUUGAAAAAAGUUUAAAUAUAGGUUUCGGUUUGAUGUUUAUCUGUGACAGACUGGUGACCUGUCCAGGGUG